AUGACAGAGGUUGAUAUUAAACCUGAAACUGAAGAGGAUGUGGCUAUCCAACUUGAGAUUUCUGAUAAACCUGUUGAGAAAACAGAGAUUACCAGAAUUGAUAUUGAGAUUACCAGAAUUGACAUUGGUAAACCAGAAGAAGUUGUCACUGAAAUUGAAAAGACAGAGGUUUAUAUUAAACCUGAAACUAAAGAAGGAGUGGCAAUCCAAUUUGAGAUUUCUGAUAAAUCUGUUGAUACAACAGAGAUUACCAGAAUUGAUAUUGUUAAACCAGAAGAAGUUGUCACUGAAAUUGAAAAGAGAGAGAUUUCUGAUAAACCUGUUGAGAUAACAGAGAUUACUAGAAUUGACAUUGGUAAACCAGAAGAAGUAGUCACAGUAAUUGAAAAGACAGAGGUUGAUAUUAAACCUGAAACUAAAGAGGAAGUGGCUAUCCAACUUGAUAUUUCUGAUAAACCUGUUGAGAAAACAGAGAUUACCAGAAUUGAUAUUGAGAUUACCAGAAUUGAUAUUGGGAAACCAGAAGAAGUAGUCACUGAAAUUGAAAAGACAGAGAUUGAUAUUAAACCUGAAACUAAAGAGGAAGUGGUUAUCCAACUUGAGAUUUCUGAGAAACCUGUUGAGAAAACAGAGAUUACCAGUAUCAAUAUUGGUAAACCAGAAGAAGUAGUCACUGAAAUUGAAAAGACAGAGGUUGAUAUUAAACCUGAAACUAAAGAGGAAGUGACUAUCCAACUUGAGAUUUCUGAGAAACCUGUUGAGAAAACAGAGAUUACCAGUAUCGAUAUUGGUAAACCAGAAGAAGUAGUCACUGAAAUUGAAAAGACAGAGGUUGAUAUUAAACCUGAAACUAAAGAGGAAGUGGUAAUCCAAUUUGAGAUUUCUGAUAAACCUGUUGAGAAAACAGAGAUUACCAGAAUUGAAAUUGAGAUUACCAGAAUUGAUAUUGGGAAACCAGAAGAAGUAGUCACUGAAAUUGAAAUGACAGAGGUUGAUAUUAAACCUGAAACUGAAGAGGAUGUGGCUAUCCAACUUGAGAUUUCUGAUAAACCUGUUGAGAAAACAGAGAUUACCAGAAUUGACAUUGGUAAACCAGAAGAAGUAGUCACUGAAUUUGAAAAGACAGAGGUUGAUAUUAAACCUGAAACUAAAGAGGAAACAGAGGUUGAUAUUAAACCUGAAACUAAAGGAGUGGCAAUCCAAUUUGAGAUUUCUGAUAAAUCUUUUGAUACAACAGAGAUUACCAGAAUUGAUAUUGUUAAACCAGAAGAAUUUGUCACUGAAAUUGAAAAGAGAGAGGUUGAUAUUAAGCCUGAAACUAAAGAGGAAGUGGCAAUACAACUUCAGAUUUCCGAUAAACCUGUUGAGACUCCAGAGACUACCAGAAUUGAUAUUGGUAAAUCAGAAGAAGUAGUCACAGAUAUUGAAAAGACAGAGGUUGAGAUUAAACCUGAAACUAAAGAGGAAGUGGCUAUCCAAUCUGAGAUUUCUGAUAAACCUGUUGAGACAACAGAGAUUACCAGAAGUGAUAUUGGGAAACCAGAAGAAGUAGUCACUGAAAUUGAACAGACAGAGGUUGAUAUUAAACCUGAAUCUAAAGAGGAAGUGAUUUCUGAUAAACCUGUUGAGAAAACAGAGAUUACCAGAAUUGAUAUUGUUAAACCAGAAGAAGUUGUCACUGAAUUUGAAAAGACAGAGGUUGAUAUUAAACAUGAAACUAAAGAGGAAGUGGCUAUCCAAUUUGAGAUUUCUGAUAAACCUGUUGAGAUGACAGAGAUUACCAGAAUUGAUAUUGAGAUUACCAGAAUUGAUAUUGUUAAACCAGAAGAAGUUGUCACUGAAAUUGAAAAGACAGAGACAGAGGUUGAUAUUAAACCUGAAACAAAAGAGGAAGUGGCAAUCCAAUUUGAGAUUUCUGAUAAAUCUGUUGAGAAAACAGAGAUUACCAGAAUUAAUAUUGGUAAACCAGAAGAAGUUGUCACUGAAAUUGAAAAGACAGAGGUUGAUAUUAAACCUGAAACUAAAGAGGAAGUUGCUAUCGAAAUUGUGAUUUGUGAUAAAUCUGUUGAGAAAACAGAGAUUACCAGAAUUGAUAUUGGUAAACUAGAAGAAGUAGUGACUGAAAUUGAAAAGACAGAGUUUGAUAUUAAACCUGAAACUAAAGAGGAAGUGGCUAUCCAACUUGAGAUUUCUGAUAAACCCGUUGAGAAUACAGAGAUUACUAGAAUCGAUAUUGUUAAACCAGAAGAAGUAGUCACUGAAAUCGAAAAGACAGAGGUCGAUAUUAAACCUGAAACUAAAGAGGAAGUGGCUAUCCAACUUGAGAUUUCUGAUAAACCUGUUGAGAAAACAGAGAUUACCAGAAUUGUUAUUGGUGAAUCAGAAGAAGUAGUCCCUGAAUUUGAGAAGAAAGAUCUUGAUAUUAAACCUGAAGCAAAACAGGAAGUGGCUAUCCAACAUGAGAUUUCUGAUAAACCUGUUGAGACAACAGAGAUUACCAGAAUUGAUAUUGGGAAACCAGAAGAAGUAGUCACUGAAAUUGAAAAGACAAAGGUUGAUAUUAAACCUGAAACUAAAGAGGAAGUGUCUAUCCAAUUUGAGAUUUCUGAUAAAUCUGUUGAGAAAACAGAGAUUACCAGAAUUGAUAUUGGUAAACCAGAAGAAGUAGUCACUGAAAUUGAAAAGACAGAGUUUGAUAUUAAACCUGAAACUAAAGAGGAAGUGGCUAUGCAACUUGAGAUUUCUGAUAAGCCUGUUGAGGGACUUGAUGUUAAAUCUAUUGAUAUUGGUAAACCUGAGAAAACAGUAAGUGAAAUUGAAAUGCUAGUGAUAUCUCAAGUAUCUGAAGUUGUUUCUUUUCAAGAAGAUCAGAUAACUACUGAGAAGAAUGACAUUAUUACUAGAAAAGAAGAAACUGAAAUUAUUCCACAUAUGUCUAUAUUUGAUAUUGAGCCUGAAAGUACAAUUCAGAUUGAAGCUAAAGAAAUGGAAAUUAAAGAGAAGAAACCACAAAUUACUGAUAUUACAACAAUUUCUACUGCUGUAAUGAAGGAAAAACAACCAGAAGAAGUGAAACCUGUUUCUGAAAUUCAACUAACAGAUAUAUCUGAGUCGGUAAUACCAGAGAAAGUUGAAACUGCUAAAGUUAGUUCAAUUAUAACUACAAGCACUGAGGAACGGAAGACUGAGAUUUCUCCAGAGAAAAUUAGUGAUAUUCCUGUGGAAAUGGUAUUAUCAAUUGACUCUAAGAACGUCACAUCUGAAGAUCAGGUACCAAUGGUUAUAAAGACUGAACAGACAUAUACAACAGGUGAAGAAGAAGUGCAGAAAGAAAUUACAGUGGAAUCACUUGAAAUGCCAUUACAAGACUCCAUAACUCUGAAAUCAGUGGAAGAUUCUCUGAUACAAAUCCCUUUGAGUUCUACUAAAUUAUCUCCUACCGAGGAAGCUCUUGCUCUAGAUGAAAGUGAUAGUGUGGGUGAAGUUGGCAAUGAAAUUGAAACCUCUCCUUCGUUGACGAUGAAGGUUACAGAUUCGAAAAUUACUUAUAUUGCACCUACGCCUUCCCCUGAAAAGAAAGAAAAUGUUCCAGAUGAGGAAUAUUUGCUGCCUGAAGUGGAUAUUGAUGAGAAAGCUUCUGAAGAAGUUAUCAUAUCCGAAGUCAAAGAAGAAAUGCCAUUUGAAUUUCCCAGAAUUCCACAUGUACCAGAUAUUUUUAGUGGAGAUAUAAAAAGCCUUCCUGGUCCUGAAAUCCUUCACUCGUUGAAAGAAGUUGUUGAAGACAUAGGUGAUAUGCCAGUUGUUAGAGAAAUAACAAAGACAGACGAAGAAGAAGAAAAGAUUAAAGAAAUACCAGAAAUGGCACUGCAGGAAGUUGCAGAAAUAAAAGAAAGUUUACCAUCUUUAGAAACACCUGAAAGCAUUAAAAUGGAUAUAAAUGUACAAAUAACUUCAGAUGUAGUAAAAGCUAAAACAGAUGAAGUAAAAGAUAUGAAGGAAAAAGAUGUUGAAAAAGAAAUAGCCACAUCCGAUGAGGUAUAUAUUUCUCACAGAGAACAAAUAACAACGGCACCAACAUCAUUUGAGACAAUUAUUGAUAAGAAAAUAGACAAGAAGGAUAAAAUUAAGGAAAAGACGGAGGUUGAUAUUAAGCCAGAAACUAAAGAAGAAGUAUCUAUCCAACUUGAUAUUAGUGAUAAACCUGUCGAGAAAACAGAAGUCAUAUACAUUGAUAUUGGUAAACCUGAGAAACCAGUCAGUGAAAUUGAAGUACAAGUUGCACCUCAAGUACCUGAGGUUAUUUCUAUAGAAAAAGAUCAGGUAUCUACCGAUAAGAGAGAAAUUAUCAUUAGCAAAGAAGAAACUGAAGUUAUUCCAGAAAUGUCUACAUUUGACAUUGUGCCAGACAGUACAAUUCAGAUCGAAGCUAAAGAAAUGGAAAUUAAAGAGAAGAAACCACAAAUUACUGAUAUUACAGCAAUUUCUACUGCUGUAAUGAAGGAAAAACAACCAGAAGAAGAAGUGAAACCUGUUUCUGAAAUUCAACUUACAGAUGUAUCUGAGACGGUAAUACCAGAGAAAGUUGAAACUGCUAAAGUUACCUCAAUUAUAACUACAAGCACUGAGGAACGGAAGACCAAGAUUUCUCCAGAGAAAAUUAGUGAUAUUCCUGUGGAAAUGGUAUUAUCAAUUGACUCUAAGAAAGUCACAUCUGAAGAUCAAGUACCAAUGGUUAUAAAGACUGAACAGACAUAUACAACAGGUGAAGAAGAGGUGGAGAAAGAAAUUACAGUGCAGACAUUGGAAAUGCCUUUACAAGACACAGUAACUGUAAAACCAGUGGAAGAAACUGGUAUUCAGAUUUCUGUGAGUUCUACUAAAGCAUCUGCUAUUGAAGAAGCUCCUGUUGAAGAUGUAACUGAUAAGGUUGUUGAAAUCAGCAAGGAAAGUGAAAUCAUUCCUGUGAGUAAAGAAGUGAAAGGUAUCUCUGAAAUGACCAUUAUAAGUGCUCCAUCAGUAAGUGUUGUGAGUACAGCUGAAGAAGAGCUUUCUGAAGAAGAAUUCUUUGAUAUUCCAUCAACUGAAGAAAAAAAGUGGAACCUAAAGAAGUUUCUGAUGAGGAAAAAGACACAUCAAGAAGAACAUGUAGAGAUACCUAAGUCUGCAGCUGUUGUUAGCACUGAUCUUCAAGAGAUUACAAUUAAAGAGACAAUUCCUACUGAAAUUGUACAUGAAGAAGUAGUUUCAAAGGAACCUGUUGAAAAGACAGAAUUUGUUAUUAAACCAGAAACUAUAGAGGAAAUGUCUAUUCAACUUGACAUUGGUGCUAAGCCUGUUGAGAAAACAGAAGUUGUAUCCAUUGAUAUUGGUAAACCAGAAAAAGUUGUCACUGAAAUUGAAAAGACAGAGGUUGAAAUUAAACCAGAAACUAAAGAGGAAGUCUCAAUCCAACUUGACAUUGGUGAUAAACCUGUUGAGAAAACAGAAGUUAUCUCCAUUGAUAUUGGUAAACCCGAGAAACCAGUCACUGAAAUAGAAAUGCAAGUGGCACCUCAAGUACCUGAGAUAAUUUCUAUAGAAAAGGAACCAAUCACUAUUGAUCAAAGGAAAAUUAUCAUUAGCAAAGAAGAAACUGAAGUUAUUCCAGAAAUUUCUACGUUUGAUAUUGUGCCAGACAGUACAAUUCAGAUCGAAGCUAAAGAAAUGGAAAUUAAAGAGAAGAAACCACAAAUUACUGAUAUUACAGCAAUUUCUACUGCUGUAAUGAAGGAAAAACAACCAGAAGAAGAAGUGGAACAUGUUUCUGAAAUUCAACCAACAGAUGUAUCUGAGACGGUAAUACCAGAGAAAGUUGAAACUGCUAAAGUUACCUCAAUUAUAACUACAAGCACUGAGGAACGGAAGACCAAGAUUUCUCCAGAGAAAAUUAGUGAUAUUCCUGUGGAAAUGGUAGUAUCAAUUGACUCUAAGAAAGUUACAUCUGAAGAUCAGGUACCAAUGGUUAUAAAGACUGAACAGACAUAUACAACAGGGGAAGAGGAGGUGGAGAAAGAAAUUACAGUGCAGACAUUGGAAAUGCCAUUACAAGACUCAGUAACUGUAAAACCAGUGGAAGAAACUGGUAUUCAGAUUUCCGUGAGUUCUACUAAAGCAUCUGCUAUUGAAGAAGCUCCUGUUGAAGAUGUAACUGAUAAGGUUAUUGAAAUCAGCAAGGAAAGUGAAAUCAUUCCUGUGAGUAAAGAAGUGAAAGAUAUCUCUGAAAUGACCAUUAUAAGUGCUCCAUCAGUAAGUGUUGUGAGUACAGCUGAAGAAGAGCUUUCUGAAGAAGAAUUCUUUGAUAUUCCAUCAACUGAAGAAAAGAAAGUGGAACCUAAAGAGGUUUCUGAUGAAGAAAAAGACACAUCAGUUAGUGUACGUGAUGAGAUUCGCACAGCAGAAGAUGUGUUAGUUGAUGCUAUUGAACAUAUCACUGAUAUAGAGAAAGAACAUGUAGAGAUACCUAAGUCUGCAGCUGUUGUUAGCACUGAUCUUCAAGAGAUUACAAUUAAAGAGACAAUUCCUACUGAAAUUGUACAUGAAGAAGUAGUUUCAAAGGAACCUGUUGAAAAGACAGAAUUUGUUAUUAAACCAAAACUAACAGAGGUUGAUAUUAAACCAGAAACUAAAGAAGAAGUAUCUAUCCAACUUGAUAUUAGCGAUAAACCUGUUGAGAAAACAGAAGUCAUCUCCAUUGAUAUUGGUAAACCUGAGAAACCAGUCAGUGAAAUUGAAGUACAAGUUGCACCUCAAGUACCUGAGGUUAUUUCUAUAGAAAAAGAUCAGGUAUCUACCGAUAAGAGAGAAAUUAUCAUUAGCAAAGAAGAAACUGAAGUUAUUCCAGAAAUGUCUACAUUUGACAUUGUGCCAGACAGUACAAUUCAGAUCGAAGCUAAAGAAAUGGAAAUUAAAGAGAAGAAACCACAAAUUACUGAUAUUACAGCAAUUUCUACUGCUGUAAUGAAGGAAAAACAACCAGAAGAAGAAGUGGAACAUGUUUCUGAAAUUCAACCAACAGAUGUAUCUGAGACGAAAGUCACAUCUGAAGAUCAGGUACCAAUGGUUAUAAAGACUGAACAGACAUAUACAACAGGGGAAGAGGAGGUGGAGAAAGAAAUUACAGUGCAGACAUUGGAAAUGCCUUUACAAGACACAGUAACUGUAAAACCAGUGGAAGAAACUGGUAUUCAGAUUUCUGUGAGUUCUACUAAAGCAUCUGCUAUUGAAGAAGCUCCUGUUGAAGAUGUAACUGAUAAGGUUAUUGAAAUCAGCAAGGAAAGUGAAAUCAUUCCUCUUUCUGAAGAAGAAUUCUUUGAUAUUCCAUCAACUGAAGAAAAGAAAGUGGAACCUAAAGAGGUUUCUGAUGAAGAAAAAGACACAUCAGUUAGUGUACGUGAUGAGAUUCGCACAGCAGAAGAUGUGUUAGUUGAUGCUAUUGAACAUAUCACUGAUAUAGAGAAAGAACAUGUAGAGAUACCUAAGUCUGCAGCUGUUGUUAGCACUGAUCUUCAAGUGAUUACAAUUAAAGAGACAAUUCCUACUGAAAUUGUACAUGAAGAAGUAGUUUCAAAGGAACCUGUUGAAAAGACAGAAUUUGUUAUUAAACCAGAAACUAUAGAGGAAAUGUCUAUUCAACUUGAAAUUGGUGCUAAACCUGUUGAGAAAACAGAAGUUGUAUCCAUUGAUAUUGGUAAACCAGAAAAAGUUGUCACUGAAAUUGAAAAGACAGAGGUUGAUAUUAAACCAGAAACUAAAGAGGAAAUGUCUAUUCAACUUGACAUUGGUGCUAAACCUGUUGAGAAAACAGAAGUUGUAUCCAUUGAUAUUGGUAAACCAGAAAAAGUUGUCACAGAAAUUGAAAAGACAGAGGUUGAUAUUAAACCAGAAACUAAAGAGGAAAUGUCUAUCCAACUUGACAUUGGUGCUAAACCUGUUGAGAAAACAGAAAUUACAACCAUUGAAUUUGGUAAGCCUGAGACAUCUAAAAUUGAUAUUAGUGAUGUAGUUUGUGCUCCAUCUGAAGUUAUUGAUAUAUCCACUGAUACAAAACCUGCCACUGAAGAAAUUGUUUCAUCAGACUUGUACAGUUCAGAGCUUCAAAGUCCGAAUAUAUAUGAUGAAGCUUCUGCUGUGAAAUCCAUUGUGCCAAGCUUAAUUCAUGAAGGAGAUGUAUUGAUCGAAUCAAAAAGUAGCCUUUCUGGUCCUGAAGAUCUUCAGUUAUUGAAAGAAGAAGUUGUGGAAGAUAUAGGUGAUAUGCCAGUCCAUACAGAAAUAAAAGAAAUAGUGGAAGAAGAACAAAGGACUAAAGAAAUACCAAAGAUGGUGGUACAGGAAGUCGCAGAAUUAAAAGAAAGAUCACCCUCAUUAGAAACACCUAAAAGCAUUGAAAUGGAUAUCCAAACAGCUUCAGUUCUAGUUGAACCUACAACAUAUGAAACAAAAGUAGUAGAAGAAAAAGAUGUUGAAAAAGAAAUAGUAAAAUCAGAUGAAGUUUAUGUUUCUCAUAGGGAACAAAUAACGACGGGACCAACAAUCAUUGAAAGUAUUCCUGAUAAAAAAAUAGACAUAAAAAUAACAAGUAAAGAAAAGACAGAGGUUGAUAUUAAACCAGAAACUAAAGAAGAAAUGUCGAUCCAACUUGAUAUUGGUGCUAAACCUGUUGAGAAGACAGAAGUUGUAUCCAUUGAUAUUGGUAAACCAGAAAAAGCAGUCAGUGAAAUUCAAAUGCAGUUUGCACCUCAGCAAAUCACUACUGAUACAAGAGAAAUUAUCAUUAGCAAAGAAGAAACUGAAGUUAUUCCGGAAAUGUCUACAUUUGAUAUUGUGCAAGAAAGUACAAUUCAGAUCGAAGCUAAAGAAAUGGAAAUUAAAGAGAAGAAACCAGAAAUUACUGAUAUUACAGCAAUUUCUACUGCUGUAAUGAAGGAAAAACAACCAGAAGAAGAAGUGAUACCUGUAUCUGAAAUUCAACUUACAGAUGUAUCUGAGACGGUAAUACCAGAGAAAGUUGAAACUGCUAAAGUUACCUCAAUUAUAACUACAAGCACUGAGGAACGGAAGACCAAGAUUUCUCCAGAGAAAAUUAGUGAUAUUCCUGUGGAAAUGGCAAUAUCAAUUGACUCUAAGAAAGUCACAUCUGAAGAUCAAGUACCAAUGGUUAUAAAGACUGAACAGACAUAUACAACAGGUGAAGAAGAGGUGGAGAAAGAAAUUACAGUGCAGACAUUGGAGAUGCCAUUACAAGACACAGUAACUGUAAAACCAGUGGAAGAAACUGUAUUCAGAUUUCUGUGAGUUCUACAAAAGCAUCUGCUAUUGAAGAAGCUCCCGUUGAAGAUGUUACUGAUAAGGUUGUUGAAAUCAGCAAGGAAAGUGAAAUCAUUCCUGUGAGUAAAGAAGUGAAAGGUAUCUCUGAAAUGACCAUUAUAAGUGCUCCAUCAGUAAGCGUUGUCAGUACAGCUGAAGAAGAACUUUCUGAAGAAGAAUUCUUUGAUAUUCCAUCAACUGAAGAAAAGAAAGUGGAACCUAAAGAAGUUUCUGAUGAGGAAAAAGACACAUCAGUUAGUGUACGUGAUGAGA